UCCACCCUACCCCACCCCCAAACCACCACCGGCGCCCAUCGGAACACACUGUACGGAUGAUCCAAAUCUCUGCAAACCUGAUAGUUUCAGAGGAAGAUAACUAGAUAUGGGAAUAUAUCUAAGCACACCUAAAACAGAGAAGUUUUCCCAGGAUGGUGAGAAUGAGAACCUAAGAUAUGGGGUGUCAUCCAUGCAGGGGUGGCGUACAUCGAUGGAAGAUGCUCAUGCUGCUUAUCCUGAUUUGGACUGUUCAACGUCUUUCUUUGGUGUUUAUGAUGGCCAUGGAGGUCAGGCAGUGUCUAAGUUCUGUGCCAAGUAUCUUCACCAACAAGUGGUCAAGCAUGAAGCUUAUUGCAGUGGUGAUAUUGGAACCGCUGCCCAGAAAGCUUUCCUCAGAAUGGAUGAGAUGAUGUGUGGACAACGAGGCUGGAGAGAGUUGGCCGUAUUGGGAGAUAAAAGAGAUCAGUUCAGUGGCAUGAUGGAAGGAUUAAUUUGGUCCCCUAAGAGUGGUGAACUAAAAGGUCAAAAUGAUGAUUGGUCUGUUGAGGAGGGACCACAUUCUAAUUAUGAAGGACCGGCAUGUGGUAGCACGGCUUGCGUUGCAAUCAUACGUAAUAGCCAACUUGUUGUAGCUAAUUCUGGUGAUUCUCGUUGUGUGAUAUCUCGGAAGGGUCAGGCAUAUAAUUUAUCAAAAGACCACAAGCCUGAUCUUGAGGCUGAGAAAGAAAGGAUAACAAAAGCUGGCGGUUUUAUCCAUUGUGGUCGAGUUAAUGGGACUCUAAACUUGACCAGAGCUAUUGGGGACAUGGAACUGAAGAAGGAUAAAUCUCUGCCUCCUGAAAAGCAAAUUCUGACCGCCAAUCCUGAUAUAAACACAGUUGAGCUUUGCGAGGAUGAUGAUUUUCUUGUUCUUGCUUGUGACGGAAUAUGGGAUUGCAUGUCGAGCCAACAACUGGUGGACUUCGUACGGGAGCAACUAAAAACUGAAACUAAGCUGUCAGCAGUCUGCGAGAAGGUAUUCGACAGGUGUUUAGCACCGUCCUCCGGUGGUGAAGGUUGUGACAACAUGACGAUGAUUUUGGUGCAGUUCAAAAAGUUCCCUAACUCCGAUCCUUCUACUUCAGAACAGCCUUCGCCAGAUCGGCAAUCGGAAUCAUCCGACAGCAAAGAGAAAACAGGACCAAGUUAAUGGUAAAUUACUUUUUUAUCGUUUUAUAUCGGUGGAUUUUAGGGGACCUUGUUCAUAUUUUAUGAUAUAGGCCAUCCCUUGAUUUUGGGUGACUUAACGGUACAGAUUGCCGGCAAGAAAUCCGGUAUCAAGCGAUCGAUAACGGAAUCUGGGUUGUGAAACAUAAUAUUCUUUCACUUUGAUAGGGAACAAUGAUGUUUGAUUGUGUACAAAUCUUUUUGUUCUUGUGGAAAAAUGGAUCUGGGAUCUAUGGACCAGUCGUUGGUUAGAUUUGACCAUUUCUCGUUAAU